AUGGCAGCAGAGCCGUGUGCUGUUAUAGGAGCAAAGAGGUUGGAAUCCUAUCAAGAGAUGGAUUCAGAGGAUGAGGAUUCAGCUGACCGUCAGUGUUACUCUUCAAGCCAUGUGUCAAAAUGGUGGAGACACAACUGCAGAGCUGUGAAUGAACCUUUGAACAGAAAGUCUUUGAAUCCAUUGUCUGGUAGUUACCCUGUAUUAGGAAGGGAAGAUGGAGCAGGUGAUGUUCUCCACGCAGGACAUGUUGCUUUCAGCAGCCCCAUUGAAACGGAUGUUGUACCAGACACACAACUGCUGGAGAAGUUCAGUCAAAUUUCUUCUCAUUCCUAUCAACAAUCAGAAGAAGCUAGCAGCGAGUUAUCUUCGGAGGCAAUGUACAUCACUGACUUCUUCCUUGCUCUGGCAAUCUGUAAUACAGUUGUAGUUUCAGUCCCCAAUCAGCCACGUCAGAAGAUGAGACUCUCUUCACUGGGUAGGAUGCCUAUUAAAUCGCUUGAGGAAAUCAGGCAGAUGUUCCAGAGGUUGUCAGUUCGGAGACUAAGUUCCUCCCCACUUCCAAGUGUAAAAGAGUCAUCGUGUGAUAGCCCCAGUAGUUUUGUGAGCAAACUGUCUAUUUUCAGAAUGAAACUGGCUUCAUCUGCUUUGGAUGGAGCUGCUCAAAGGGCUGCUGAGCCUUGCAACACUGACAGCCCAGAAAAAUCCCAAGUGCCUCAAGAACUAGAUAUGGUGAAUGUACCUGCUGGCUGUGAACACAACAGUGCUGCAUCAUCUGUUGGAUUGUCUCCCUUACCUAAACUGUGUUAUGAAGCUGAGAGUCCAGAUGAAGCUGCGCUGGUUCAUGCUGCUAGGGCUUAUAAAUGUAUUUUACAGUCUAGGACUCCGGAUCAAGUCACCGUGGACUUCGCAGGUCUGGGAUCUUUAACGUUUCAGCUUUUGCAUAUCCUGCCUUUUGAUUCAGUGCGGAAAAGGAUGUCAGUGGUGGUUCGGCAUCCAGUCUCCAACAAAGUGGUGGUGUACACAAAAGGCGCAGACUCAGUCAUGAUGGAUUUGUUGAGAACUGCAUCCGAAGCAGGUACUAGUAAUUCAGAGACGGAACAAAAGAAGAUUAAAGAGAGAACUCAGAAGCAUUUGGAUGACUAUGCCAGAAGAGGACUGCGCACUCUGUGUAUUGCGAAGAAGGUGAUGAGUGAUGCAGAAUAUGCAGAAUGGUUAAAUCAUCAUUUUUUAGCAGAAACCAGUAUUGACAAUAGGGAGGAGCUGCUGCUUGAAUCUGCCAUCAGGCUUGAGACCAGACUAACUUUGCUUGGUGCCACUGGCAUUGAAGAUCGCUUGCAGGAGGGUGUUCCCGACACAAUACAGGCAUUAAGGAAAGCAGGAAUAAAAAUAUGGAUGUUGACAGGUGACAAGAGAGAGACAGCUGUCAACAUUGCCUAUGCUUGUAAACUGCUGGAACCAGAUGACAGAAUCUUCACUCUCAAAUCACAGAGCAGGGAUGCCUGUGCCUUGAUGAUGAGCAAAAUUUUAGAAAGUAUCCAGAAGACUAAUUCUGCCAAAAAAAAACCCAACCAAAAACUUGAGAAUGUCUCUGCAAAUCUCUCCACCCAAGCUCCAGGGUUCAGUGCAGGCCUGGUUAUUGAUGGAAGAACUUUAGAGCACGUCCUUCAUGACAGCUUACAGAAUAUUUUCUUAGAACUCACAGAAAAAUGUCGGGCUGUAGUCUGCUGCCAAGCCACACCACUGCAGAAGAGUGUCCUGGUCAGACUGGUGCGAAAUAAGCUAAAGGCAAUGACAUUAGCUGUAGGUGAUGGUGCCAAUGAUGUCAGUAUGAUCCAGGUGGCUGACACUGGUGUGGGAAUAUCAGGCGAAGAAGGCAUGCAGGCUGUGAUGGCAAGUGACUUUGCAAUCUCUCAGUUUAGACACCUCAGGAAGCUGCUGCUUGUCCAUGGUCACUGGUGUUACACCAGACUUACCAACAUGGUGCUUUACUUCUUCUACAAGAAUGUGGCCUAUGUGAACCUCCUCUUCUGGUACCAGUUCUUCUGUGGGUUUUCAGGCACAUCAAUGACUGACUACUGGAUCUUGAUUCUUUUCAAUCUCCUUUUUACAUCGAUGCCACCUAUCAUAUAUGGUGUCUUGGACAAAGAUGUGUCUGCGGAGAUACUUAUGCAGCUCCCACAGCUGUACAUGAUGAGCCAGAAAUCUGUGGCUUACUUGCCCUCAACUUUCUGGAUAACCCUGCUGGAUGCUUUUUACCAAAGUCUCGUUUGCUUUUUUGUGCCUUACUUUACUUACCAUGGCUCAGACGUAGACAUUUUUUCUUUUGGAAACCCUAUAAACACAGCAGCGCUCUUCAUAAUGCUGUUGCACCUUCUCAUUGAGUGCAAGUCUGUGACUUGGAUACAUACAGUAGUUAUGGUUGGCAGCAUACUGUUUUACUUUGUCUUUGCUCUGGCUUUUGGGGCAACCUGCAAAACCCACAGCUCAUCAUCAAAUCCUUUUUGGAUCAUGGAAAAGCACAUGACAGACCCUGUAUUUUACUUGGUUUGCCUCCUGACUACUUGUGUUGCUCUGCUACCCAGAUAUUUGCUGAGAGUUCUCCAAGGAACAUUGUUUCCGUCUCCGGUGUUGAGAGCCAAGCACCUUGACAGACUGACCCCUGAGAAGCAGAGGGAAGCGAUUAAGAGAUGGAGAGAUGACUGCGUUGUAAACUGUAGAGUGGAGUUCCAGGCUGCGUCUGGGUCUUCCAGCUCAGCCACAGGUGCUGCAGCAGAGGAAGAACGCAUUGCCAGUGUUUUGCCAGCAUGUAAAACACCUUUUCAGGCCUGUUCAAGAGAUGGGUUAGUAGAGGACACCUCCUUCUUACCAGGCAUUCAGGAUGAGUCUGGGAAUACAAAUGACUUGAACUCUGAAAAGACCGUAUUUCCGAAUUCAUCAACGGAAGUGAAUUCAGAUACACUGGGCGGUAGUAACGCAUGUGCCCCAGUCUCUGUGUGUGCUUCUGAAGAGGGCAGCAGUGCUGUUUCUCUCGCACACAGAGCAGGUUUGAAUUCUGUGUUGUGCGAAGAAGAUGCUGUAAUGUAUUUCACAAAGUUGGAAUGCUGA